AUGGAUCAUACACCAGGUUCGUCUGUGUCGACGGCAGAUAAGAAACCGUUCAUAUCCAAUGGGAAUGGCAGUCCGCCGACGAAUGGUUCAACUGCUAUAAGCUGUCCAACUAAUGGGACUGGAGCAGGAGCUAGCAACAGCGGUGGGACUCGAAAAGCAAGUGUUAACCGACUAGGUAAAUUGUCUAAGAUGCCUGCUAAACUCCCAACAAAUAUCAUUCAGCCAGCAUCUUUUUGUGAUACUUUUGCUAUCUUGGCGCUAUUAAUUAAUGUACCAUCGGUAAUCAUGGUCAUUGUCCACUGUUUCUACGUGGCGUCGUUCUUCUCACAAAGUGGUUUGUCUUCGAUCAGUACACGAGCUAUAUUUGGCUGGUCAUCAUCGUAUGACUACUCAUAUUCCGGAUCGAGCUCCAGCUCUAAUUCUGGCUCAUCAGCAUCUUCCUCAAAUAUAAAUUCGUCUAAUUCGAGCACAAACGCUAACGACUACUAUUCGAAUUCAAACUACUCAAAUGGAUGGGGUGGUUCAUCAGCCUCGAGAAAACUGUCACAAUCAUUGUUACUAGCGGUAUUUAAAGCUUUGUUGAUUGACUUUAUUAUUGCUUGGACGACGCUCUAUAUUGUGCCAAUACUCAGAAACGUGGUGAUAGUAUUCGCCCACGCGAUCGUAGCCUCAACUAUGGGAGGGGGUGGACCAAGAGUGUUUACAAAUGCAAUCUACUCUACCACGCUGGUAGAAGUGACUAUAUUUAUUUGGGACAAGCUUUACUACUAUUUGUUUAGUGACGAUUUUGCACUUUUUUCACUUUUUAGUAGUGAGACUUUAUCUACAGCUGUGACAACAGGAACGGCAGUAGGAGCAGCUGUGGUGACGGACGCAUCGCCCUCGUUGCUGGCUUCACUAUCAGCGUCGGUACCAUCUUCAUUAUCUGCAUUAUUAUUAUCUUCUUCUUCGUCUUCUGUUGCUUCUUCUGUAUCAUCGUCGUUAUCAUCUUGUUUGUCCUCCUCUUGUUCCUCAACGUCUGUUUUAUCAUCCCCUACUCAUCAUAAUCUGCUUCAUUUAAAUUCACCACAUCAUCAUCUGCUUUUUGAUGAUAGUUUUCUAUCAUCUGCUGGGUCAAUUUUAUCCGGUGAUUCGACAGCAUCUCAGCAGCCCUCUCGCAAAUCCACCUUCAAUACCUUUCUCAGUAUUGUCAAUAUGAUCAGUUCUACGGUUCGCUUUGUUCGUCACAUGGAUUGGGCUCACGAGUUUCCAAUUAUUUUUUUCCAAGCUGUGGCUGUUCACGUUAUUGGACUCGGUUUGGUACCAUUUAUCCGGAAAGUGUUUCCAGAGCGAGGUUCUUUAGAUUGGGCGUCUAAUGCUUCUGGAGUACUUUCUUCAAGCAGCGACUCAUCCAGUGCUGACAACACUAGCAGUGAAGUAUUCAUAGACUCUCAGAUCAAUUUUACCUUUUUAAGUGACUCAAGUUCUUCUACUAGCGAUUUUUCUGUCUUUAAUAGCAAGAAUAACUCUAGCAAUGGCAGUAGUGGCGCUGGGAAAAUCAUCAGCAUACCAGAGUUUUCAAAGGAUGAUCUUUAUACUGAAGAGGCUUUUGACGACGACACAAGUGCUAAUUACAAGGCAGAUUUCAAUUUUUUGUAUGCUCCAUCAGUAAAGAAAAACAAGCGUUUGGCUCAAGUACGGUCGAAUCAGCCUCUGUGGUCUGUUUUAGCAAGUAGUAUAGUUUUGGCGGCAAGACAAGAAACGUCAAUUUCGAAUAAUUUGGAUGGAGAUUUAGCGCUCUCUAGUUUUGAGCUGACUUUUGGACAAUGUGCUGUUCGGUAUAUUCUUGAGAACAUGGUUGCUUUUGAAAUGGGAAAUUUUGAUCCUACUUUGGUCAGCGGAACCAACAUUUAUGUUCGAGUUAAUGGCAUUCAAUGGCCCCAGGUAUCUGUGCAACCUGUCACCACUGGAUCGGUCGUAGAAAAGAACUGUCUUCUGAUCAUUGUAUACGGAUUGAGUCCUGUUGUUCAAUAUGAUAUGGAGGUGGUUUAUGCUAACAACGAUUCGCCUGAACAGGUUCCAAUGACAUGUAUGAGAGUUAAUGUCUCGACCACGGCUCGUCGCCACAAAUCAGGAUCAGGUGCUAAUAUCAGUGCACCGGCCAGAGCCGUUUCUCCAGUUACGACACUACUGGACACGUUAACAACCACACAAAUGAAUUUAUCUGAGGAAAAAUCAAGGCUGAAAAAGUCAAGAAAAGAGCAUGCUAAGAGACUAGGAGCUCUCAGAUCAGAGUUAGAUGGUCUAAGGAGUCGAAUCGAUGCGUCUGAUAAAGGCGAUGAGAGAAACAACCGUAAAGUGCUGUCAUUGCGAGGGCUCGUGCGACAGAUGGAAGAGGAGAUUGACAAGAUUACGACUGCAACUGAUGAGUUGAUUGCCCAAGAAGUAGAGUCUUUGGCAGAGUAUGAGAGUCACAAAAAGGAAUGGGAAACUCACAUGAAGUCACAGAAACAAAAGGAAGAGUCGUCACAUGAACUGAAAACCAAUUGGGCGAAAAAAGUGCAAGCUCUUCGAUCUGAUCUCAAUUCGCUCUCAACUAAAUGUGAAAAACUUCUGGCCAAAAAGCAGCGCUUACUGGGAGAUAUAGAGAAGCUUGAGUCUGAAGAAGCAGCCAUUUUGACAAAAGAAAUUGAGGCACGUCGUUCUAAGCGUGAAGUCAAGCUUACUAGACGUGGAAAGGUGGAGGGCGAAUUCUCUGACAAUAUUACUAAACUGGAAAAGGUUGUCGAGGAGACCCGUCGUCACACCAUGGAGAUUGUGGCUGCUUCAACCGCCGCCUCGAAUGUAGCGGCUAUUUACCCCCAGCAGACCACUAUGGCGUCCCAUGGACCGGUUCCUCAACAACUGCAUUCGAACACAUCACCGUCUAACUCCUUUGAUCUUUAG